AUGAAGGUAUUGGUAGAAAGAGAUAAAUUUUUAUCAGACUAUGAGGUGAUGGAACAUUUAAAGUCCAUGAAAAAGGAAUGGACUGUUCAACUGAAUGAAAAACGGAAAAAAUUCGUCAACCAUGGAGGUUUAGACCUCGAAGUCAUCACCAAUGAUACAUUAAAGUAUUUAUCUACUAGACCUUGUUCCCAUAUUAAAAGUGAUAAUGAUUUUGCCGAACUUAUGAAAUAUUUGAACACUUUAUCGUUAGUUAAAGUAGAGAAAUUAGAAAUAGUCAAUGCUUUACCGAGAUCCAUGGUUCAUUUAUAUUCUAUCAUUGAAGAAUGUGAUACUAGAUUUGAAUCUGAAGUUUGUGAGCAAAUACUUGAAAAAAUUAAUGAUUUAUUCCCCAUAGAAGAGACUGAAGAAGCUGAAGAAGCUGAAGAAGCUGAAGAGCAAGAAGAAGUUGAUGAUAAUUAG